AUGAAUCCCCUUCUGGGCAAUAAUUCGCAAGCAAUGAUGGGAUUCCAACACCAUUACGGAAACAUGAAUACUGGAAACUACUCGCAAAUGAACGUUCUUCCGAACUCCGCACAAAGGUCGUCAUUUGCAAUACAUGAAAUUCUUGGACUUAACUCGCCCCCUUGUCGACAAAAUCCGAGUCCGGACAUUUUGGAGAAUUUGGGGAUUUGUCCGGCAAACUCCAUGUAUGCAUCCGGAGUAAAUGGCGUUGGAAUGAACCCGGCGUAUGCCGCGGAACCACAACAUCCAAACUACUUCCGGGAGGCUCCGCAGUCCCAGAACAGUACUUUUUGUCCCUGGAGAUUCGACUCCAUCAAUCAAGCAACUCCAAACUGUGUUCCUCCAGCACCCAGUAAUGUCACCAGAUGUCAAGAGAGCGUCAGCUACGGGCUCAAGGCUCCAAUUGAGGAAACUCCAAUCCGCCCAGAGUGUGCCCACCAAGAGAAAACGCCAGACAACAUGAACAUCUGUAAGAAACAGAAGAAACGCCGACGACACAGGACCAUAUUUACAAGCUACCAAGUGGACGAACUCGAGAAAACGUUUAAAGAGGCACAUUAUCCUGAUCUGUAUGCCCGAGAAGUCUUGGCGUUAAAGAUUGACCUUCCGGAAGACAGAAUUCAGGUUUGGUUUCAAAAUCGUCGAGCAAAAUGGAGAAAGACUGAGAAAACUUGGGGCAAGAGCAGCAUAAUGGCGGAGUAUGGACUUUACGGAGCAAUGGUGCGACAUGCACUUCCACUUCCGGAAUGCAUCGUACAAAGUGCCGAUAAAGGCAUCGAUAAGUCGUCUGCACCAUGGCUUUUAGGGAUGCACAAGAAGUCGCUGGAGGCGUCGAAGAAAAUGCGUGAAGAAGAGGGAAAUGACGGAGGUGACAUGAACAAUCGAGUGAAAGAGGAAAUUCGUUCGGAAAGCAUCGCGGCUCUACGUGCUAAAGCUCAACAACAUAGUGCAAAACUGUUAGAGUGUAUAGAAAGAGACCCCAAAAGCUAUGACGAAUCCAGCAAUAACUCCUUUGACAGUUCUUUUUUCUCAGAUGCCGGAGAUGGAACAUCAGAAAUGUCCAGAAAUUGAAAGAGUGAAAAGGAUCUCUUUAAUUAAAAAGAGGACAUAGCUCUAAAAAUAAAAUGUGGUUCUACAUGUAUGUGCUAGUUGUUACCAUUUUGAUAUUGAAUUUU